CGCGCCCCGCCGCCAGCAUGAGCGCCCCCGCCGCGCCCCGCAUCUUCGCCCCCGGCGAGAACUGCAGCCCCGCGUGGCAGGCGGCGCCCGCGGCCUACGACGCGGCGGACACGCAGCUGCAGAUCCUCGGCAAGCCGGUGAUGGAGCGCUGGGAGACCCCCUACAUGCACGCGCUGGCGGCCGCCGCCACCUCCAAAGGGGGACGGGUGCUGGAGGUUGGCUUCGGCAUGGCCAUCGCAGCUUCCAAGGUGCAGGAGGCCCCCAUUGAGGAGCACUGGAUCAUCGAGUGCAACGAGGGCGUCUUCCAACGGCUCCAGGACUGGGCCCAGCGGCAGCCACACAAGGUGGUUCCCUUGAAAGGCCUGUGGGAGGAUGUCGCCCCUGCCCUGCCCGACGGCCACUUUGAUGGGAUCCUGUAUGACACCUACCCGCUGUCUGAGGAGACCUGGCACACACACCAGUUCAAGUUCAUCAGGGACCAUGCCUUUCGCUUGCUGAAGCCCGGGGGCCUCCUGACCUACUGCAACCUCACCUCCUGGGGGGAGCUGAUGAAGUCCCGGUACUCCGACAUCGUCACCAUGUUUGAGGAGACGCAGGUGCCCACCUUACUGGAGGCGGGCUUCAGGCGGGAGAACAUCGGCGUGGAGCUGGUGGAGCUGACCCCACCGGCCGAGUGCCGCUACUACGCCUUCCCGCAGAUGAUCGCGCCCCUGGUCCGUAAGCACUGAGCCUGCCGGCCUCGGGCUCGGCCUCCGGGGGGGCUUCAGUCCUGUCCCGGUGCCCCCACUCAGUGCCUUCAUAGCCAGGAGUGCAGGCUCUGGGCUCUCAGUCCUGGGUUCGAGUCCAGACACACCAGCAGUGGGACAAGCUUCCCUGACCUUCCCUGUCCAUGUCCUCAAGGACCCAAUAAACGCCAGCCCUGACGGGCAGGACGGCGCAAA